AUGUACCAUACCUUUCUGGAUGCCAAGAUCUCCGUACAGCUGUUCUUUUUCUUGGUGCUCUACGUGGUGCUUUUCUGGCUCUAUGCUUUCAUUUACCUGUUCAUCAGCAAGCCUUGCGGCCUAGAACUGGAGGGGCAUCUGAUCAAGGCGUAUCUUCUGUCGCUGGAGACCAUGCUGACAAUCGGCUAUGGUAUUCCGGACCCGUACAUGAAGGGCUGCUGGCAGGGUCCUUUUGUGCUCACGUCACAGCUGCUUCUGAACUUAAUCAUUAGCGCCUUGCUCAUUGGCGUCAUCUUCCAGGGAAUCGCACGGCCGCAGUCGAGGGCUUGCACCAUUCUCUGCAGUGACAAGGCAAUCAUUCGAUGCAUCGAUGGAGCAUACUACUUCAUGUUCCGAGUAUGCGACUUGCGGUCGCAGCAUGCGCUGGUGGAGCCGCACAUCCGCUGCUACUGCGUGGAGCAGAGUGACAUCCGAGGUUUUGAGACCACACAGAUGCGAUUGCUGCAGCCGGACGACGAGCUUGGGGCCACACUGCUGCUUUCGAUGCCGAGUAUUGUGGUCCACCGGAUAGAUGCCUGGAGUCCUUUGGCGCCCCAUCGACCGAGCGGCGAGAAGCCAAGCCAGCCGAAGGUGUUGCGGGAAAGGUCCGGAACCAUGGCGGCUUCGCUUGGAGUCCCGGAGCGGCCCAGCUGGGGCAGGCAGGUCAGCGAAGGAGGCGUUCCCCUUCCGAGGCCUGGACAGCCGGAGAGAAGAGCGGACACCAAAGGACUGAGGUCCGCCAGCAGUGGAGACUUCACCAACAUGUUUCAGAGCGCGACGAAACCUCGGGAGCGUGGUGCUGGCUUCGAGGAAAACCUCCGCAUCCGGCGAUGGCCGUGGCCCCGGCAGCGGCAGGCAAACAGCGAGGUCGGCAACGGGGACAGCUGUGCUUGCCCCACUUGCGGCGAGACCUUCCCGACUGCUGAGACGCUGAAGCGGCACUGCCGCUACAAUGCUGCGCAAGACGAGAUCAGCCAGCUUCCUGAAAAGGCACCGGGCCGGGCCGGUCAUUCGGGGCAGAUGUGGGAGUGCAGAGUGCUGAGACAGUCAGAGACCACUUGGCAGUCCGAAGGCUCAGGGCUUUGUCGGUGUAGCUGCGUCGUGCCUAGGCUGUGUGGGCCAGCAUGCUGA